CAUAGCAAUUUUCUCUCUCUCAUGACACCGGUUGAGAAACGAAAACCCGGCAUUAGAAAACCGCACACUACUUGUUGAAUUAAGAAAACCGGUUUGCGAUAGGAUUCUUUUGCCCUUUUGAACUUUAAUUGUUGUUGAAUAGUUCGUAGAAUACUUUUAAUCUUUGAGACUCGCGCAGUGGAGCGAUGGCAUCAGCAAGGCGCAUGGACUCAUCGCGCGCUCUUCUGGCAUCGAUAGUGGCUUUGAAACCCAGAUGAAUCAGAAUGUGUGUGUGAGAACCCGGUCCAAUCAUGGAGUCAGAGCUUAACUGCAGCUCUUACUGUGACUCCCAGUACUGCCUUAUCCAUCCUGGAGUCAACACACAGGAGGGUCUGGACAUACUGCAGAGGCUCUGCACCCUGACCACGCCGGCAGAGGAGCAGCCGAGACGGUCGCUCUCUCCGGUGUUGUGUGCUGUGGUUUGGACCCUGCUCUCCUCUGGCAUCCUCCUGGCAUUCUGUUUCCUGCUCUUCACCCUACGCUUUAAGAACAAUAGAAUAGUGAAGAUGUCCAGUCCUAACCUGAAUGUUCUGACUCUGUGUGGGAGUGUCCUCACGUACAUCAGUGGCUUCUUAUUUGCAAUCGAAGAACAUGCACAUCCGCAAUCUGGCGGAGAGGCCAGAGCUGUGCUACAGGCUAGGCUGUGGACCCUGUGUAUCGGCAGCACACUGGUGUUUGGGCCUAUCCUGGGGAAGACGUGGAGGCUCUACAGAGUCUUCACACAGAGGGUGCCCGACAAGAGAGUGAUCAUCAGGGACAUUCAGCUGAUGGGGCUGGUAGGUCUGCUGAUCCUUGUGAACAUCUUGGUUCUGUCGGCCUGGAAUCUGUCUGACCCAGUUCAAUGCUCUCGCUCCACUGGUGCUGUGGUCAAGGUGUUGGAGAAGGACGUGUCAUACUCUCUAUUUCAGACAGACUCUUGCUCUUCUGUCUACUCAGACCUAUGGAUCAUUCUUCUUGCUGUGUUGAAGGGUAGUCUCUUGCUAUAUGGGACAUAUUUGGCUGGUCUGACUAGUAAUGUCAGCCUGCCGCCAGUUAACCAGUCCCCCACCAUUAUCACAGCGGUAAGCCUAGUGACCCUCUCCAUGGCCGUGGCUCUGCCUGUCUGCCGUUACCUCCACGACUGGCCCAACCUGGUCUACAGUGUGGUGGCUGGAGCCAUCUUCAUCUGCACCUUUGCCACCAACUGUCUGCUGUUUGUGCCUCAGCUGACCCAGUGGCGCAGGUUCAAGGAGGAGAACAACAGUCCCAGUCAGAUGGCCAGGUACUUCAGCAGUCCCAGUAAGAGCAUGCCAUCUGCCUACAGCCAGGAGGUCUACGACCUGCUGGGGGAAAACAACUCCAUGAAAAUGCUCCUCAAUGAGAAAAACGCUGCAAUCGACAGUCUACAGGAACAGGUCAACAACGCUAAGGACAAGCUUCUGCGCCUCAUGUCAGCAAGCCACCCCCGCCAGGACCAAGAUAUGGACUCUUCCACUACCAACCUCAACUCGUCCUUCACCCAGACUACAGUCCUUCAGUCAGAGGGCCCUCCCACACCCCUGCCACCAAGAGACACUGACUCUCUGCUCUCUUCUCCACUCUUAUCUCCCUUUCCUGACCCUCUGUCUUCUACCCCUGCUGCUUCUGCGUCCUCUCCACCUCCUCCUGUCCUACCCCCUGCACCUCUCUCCGCUUCCCCAGAUAAUAGUGGGAGUGGGAGCCAGAGGAGAGCAAGUGCAGACCCCCAAAGUGCAGGUCAGAUGGAGGGGCCGACCCAGCCUCCCUCCCUUGCUCUGCCUCAGACGUCCAUGUUGACCAGGACAGGACUGAGGACAGCAAGGGAGAGCGAGGGGAUGCAGACCAUUCCCAGUGUCUCUCCCUCCAAAGACGUUGCUCACCUCUGUUCCUCACUGGGCUCCGGACCCACAACCCCAGAACCCACAUGUUGUCAGGGCGACCAAGUUGCAUUGCCGUGGACACCAGGAUUUAUUAGCAAUGAGCAGCUACGGGAAGUCCUCCAGGAACUGAGUGUGGAUGCUGUCUUGGAAACAGCCUUGCGUUCACCUAAUCAUGCAUGGGUGUCCAGGAGAUCCUCCCAGCCCUCCUCCACAGACCCGUCUGUCCCAACCCCCCACUUCCCCCAUCCACCCCCUGUCUUCUGCUACCCAAGUAUUUCCCCCUAUGCAAUGAGGAAGCGCCGUCCUCCCUUCCACUCACCCAGAUGGGGUGCCCCUGCCUGUUUCUAUCCAGGAUCGGAGCCCCCUGCCUCGGCUUGGAGAAGGGAGAUCACCGGACCCCUCUCGCCUGACAAACAUUCGUCGAAAACACAGACGGAGACGGAUGCCAUGGAGACCAGCCCCCUCUGGCUCGUAGGCAGUGAUGUAAAGGAGAACCGAGUGAAGGACAGGCGGGCGAGGCGCGUCUCCAAGACAGCUCCCCUUCAUAGAUGCUCCAUCUCUGCGUUCUCAGGCCAGGCCCCCCUACCGGAAGGAGAGGGGGUCGGGGUCGGCGAGGUGGGGCACGUUCGGGCCGGAGGGAGAAGUGUCAGAGACUCGUGUGGUUACUGCGACACAGACUCCAGCAGCUCAGCUGACUAUUGCUACUACCACCGUCCCUACUGUGACGCCUGCCUGGAGCAUGGCUCCUACCCCCUGACAGACAGCUCUUCAGACUCCUCAGACAGCGAAUACGAAGGAAUCCCCAGCCUCUGGCGCUCCUCUCACCCUGUCGUCAACUUCAAAGAGGACCUUCAACCCACCUUUGUGUGACUGGAGCAGAGAUGGUAAUGUCGAGCUGUGUUUAGUAUGAGAAGCACAACCUCUGACACAAAUGGAGCGGAGGAACAGACGAUUUUAGGGGACUCCCCCCUAAGAGUCAUAGGCCAUUUCAAACCCUGGACAAGAGUAUGUGUUGUUAUACUGUAGCUACUGUAUGAACCAGCAGCAUUCCUCCUCCAAUCUGCACUUUACAGUCCAUGACUAGGUACAGCACAUGCCUGCUCAUACUGUUUUCAUCUCAAUGGCCAGUACUGUUGUGUUUGACCAGUUGUACUACUGCCGUAGUACUCUAACUAGACAGUGAGAGCAAUGCUUCACAAGCAACACUAUGAACUAUUUGUGUGUUGUUGAGUGUAUCAGUUUGUGUCAGGUUGUUAAAGCUGAUGUUCAGGAUGUGACAGGUGCUUUUGUCCUUGUGUUUUAAGGUAUUACUCUGAUUGACAUCCACUGCCUCCUCAUAGGAGGACCUACUGAUAUGCUUCUACAGCAUACACUGAUAUAUUUAGCUUUACUACCAUGGCUUUAGUAUUUAUGUCUUGUUUUUUUUGUAUGCAAUUUACGCGUUUUGUAGUUGUUAUCAAGGGCUGUCAUGCAUUUGAUAAUAUUGCCACCUUACAUGACAUAUACUAUACAUUAAUGUUUAUUAUUGUAUGUUGGAUUUGUUUGUAAUUGAUGUGUGUGAAUGCGUGUUUGUGCAUACAUCUGUG